GUGCUGAAAAGUACUCUGAUAAUGUAUUAAUGCAUAUCGCCACAUAUCGCGUUGCCAGUUGGCAGUAACGAAGGCAACCCGGUUCAAGUGAAGUUGUGUCUAAGAAACAUCAGACACUUUAUUUCAAGCUGUCACCAGCUAUCACAUUGGUUACUUCGUGACUUCCUCUGGAAUUUUUGCACCGAAACAGGUGGAGUUUUGCUCCAUGUACCAUACCGCAACGCAUCAAUUAAUUUAUUAUUUAACAACCUCUUAAAUAGAGAUCGAAGAAACAUUGAUAUUUUGUAGAAAAAAGAAGAAGGGAAAGGGAAAGGGAAAGGGAAGAAGAAAAAGGAUCGAUGAAUAUCAGCUUCGUAGAAAUUUGAGGGAACAGGCACGUAGAAGAGACUUGGAAGCUUCCGAAGCUGCAAUUACAAUGCCCAAGAAGGACUUAUCGCAAUAUGCCGAAGAGAUCAGACUCGGUGGUAUCGAAGGUGGCGGUACGCAUUCUACCCUCGUGAUUAUCGAUGGGAAAGGAACACAACUAACGGAAGUGAAGGGACCGAAUACCAAUCACUGGACGAUAGGAAUGACCGAAACUGCCGCUAGGAUCAACGCCAUGGUGCUAAGGGGGAAAGAAGCUUUGAACAUACCGGAAACAGUUCCUUUAGAUUGCUUAGGUCUUUCGCUGAGUGGUUGCGAAGAGGAGAAGACGAAUCGUCUUCUCGUGGAAACCAUGCAACAAAAUUAUCCGAAUGUUGCCAAGGAUUACGUGGUUACUUCGGACACCAUGGGCAGUCUUAGAACUGGCUUGGACACUGGUGGAAUCGUUGUAAUCGCUGGCACUGGUAGCAAUGCCCUGAUGAUUGACCCCGACGGCAAAGUUACAGGUUGUGGAGGCUGGGGACACAUGAUGGGAGAUGAAGGAAGUGGUAGGUACCGCGACGGUACAAUAAAACGAACUUCAAAGCGGUGCUGCACGCGUCGUGGCAACCAUUAAGGGUGCGCAGGACCCAGAGCCAAACUCCGAGUUG